AUGUCCUCUGAAAUCCCGAAGACCAUGAAAGCUGUCCAGCUCGUGGGGGUAAGUGAGUUCGCUGCACAACCAACCAAUGCACGUCUGACAGAUUCUCAGUGGAAGAAACCGUACGAACUGCAUGAGAUACCGGUUCCUGACAUUGGCGACAGCGACCUGCUUGUCAAGGCUGACGCUGCCGGGUUUUGUCAUACAGAUUACCAGGUAUGGGAGGGUGUAUACGAGUCGCCCACCCCAAUAGUGCCAUCUCACGAACCUGUUGGCACAAUUGUGGCGGUCGGGCCUAAGGUGCAAGACAAAUGGAAGGUCGGGCAGCGCAUCGGCGCUCUCCUGUUCCGCCAUCAAUGUCACAGCUGCCUUAGCUGCAAGGUGAACAAUGACAUCCGCUUCUGCGAGAAUAUCGAUUUUGCUGGACUGAAGGCUGAUGGCGGCAUGGCCGAGUACUUUAUCGCUGAUGGCAACAACUCUGUUCUGCUGCCAGAUGAAGUGGAUUUUGUCAACGCCGCUCCGUUGAUGUGUGCCGGGGCCACGACUUGGGCUGCCAUUGAGUCGUCGGGAGUCCAGCCUGGCGCGCCCAUCGGGAUAGUGGGAAUCGGUGGGCUGGGCUCUUUGGCAGUUCAAUUCGCAAAGGCGCUGGGACACCCAACGGUCGCAGUCGACAAUCGCGAGGAGGGCAGAGCCUUAGCCCAAGAGACCCCAUUGAAAGCAGACUUCGUUGUCGACUUCAACGACAAGGAGGUCACCAACAAGAUCAAGGAAUGGGCCGGCAACGGCGGCCUCCCGGCGAUCGUCAUCACCACCGACAACAACGACGCCACCAAUUGGGCGCUGUCAACCCUGAGGCCGCACGGAGUCGCCGUCCCGCUUGGCUUGCCUAUGCCGAACGUGCAGUUCGAUUCCUUUGCACUGGUGUUCCAGGAACUGACCAUUAAGGGGUCCGUGGUGUCGACGAAAGAACAGGCGGCAGCCAUGAUGAAAGCGGUGGCCAAGCACGGGGUCCGGUCGCAUGUCACGACGAUUCCGCUCGAGAAGGUGCCGGAGGUCUUGCCAGGGGCAUACCUGGAUCCUCGUCUCAAGGGUCGUCUGGUGGUGAAGAUUUCAUGA